UGGUUUUAUUCUUUCUAAGCCUGCUACCCAAGUGCAGUUGGAUCUAUACACUGAAAUUAUAAGUUCACAACAUAUGGAUUGCUUUCACUUUUAAUAAGAGGUUAGAAGACGUGCUUAAGGAUCACAUUACUGUCAUUGGUGCCCUGCAGUUGCCAAGAUGAUAAACCACUGGGUGCUUCUCUCAACCUAUAUUAUAACCUUCUUAUUCGGCCUACCAGCCAAUAUCCUGGCCAUUUAUGCCUUCAUCAGGAAGCUUAGAAAAAAACCCACACCCACGGACAUCCUCCUGCUGAACCUGACCCUCUCUGAUCUGCUCUUUUUGUUUUUCCUACCGAUGAAGAUGUAUGAGGCCGCAUCAGGCCUGCAAUGGCACCUUUCCCAGACCAUGUGCUCCAUCAUGUCAUUUGUCUUUUUCACCACCAUCUACACCAGCUCUCUGCUCCUGAUGGCUAUCAGCAUUGAUCGCUACUUGGGAGUGGCCUUCCCAGUGGCCUACAUGAAGUUUCGCAGGCUUCUCUAUGCCAUCAUUGGCGGGAUUUUCAUCUGGCUGGUUAGUGGUGCACACUGCACGCUUGUGUUUUUCGUCGUCCAUAUGGGCACAGGGAAUAGCACUGAAGCCAAGACCACCUGCUACGAGAACUUCACCGAUGACCAGAAAAGCGUUGUACUGCCAGCGCGCCUGGAGUUCUUUGUGGUUCUUUGUGUAUUGCCCCUGGUUGUAUGUGUCUUCUGCUAUCUCAACUGCAUCUGGAUCCUUUACCAUAGGCCCCGCAUAACAAAGGAGAAGAAGCAGAGGGCCAUUGGAAUGGCAGUGGGCACUUUGAGUGUCUUCUUGAUUUGUUUUGUGCCCUAUAACGUUUCUCAUCUGGUGGGGUUUAACACUAACGAAAGCCCACCAUGGAGGUACUACACACUGCUCCUAAGCACCUUAAACACCUGCCUGGACCCCAUCAUCUUCUACUUCUCCUCAACCAUGUAUCGCAACACCACCAAAAUGUCCCUCGGGAGAGUUUUCUCACUUCGCCGUCGUCUAGGCUUGAACACCCCUCCCAAUUUAGAGGUUGAAGCAGAAUCAAACUCCGACAAAGAAUUUGACCGUCACAAUAGUAACAACAAAAAAUAA